CUCAUAGCGUAGACAGACAAAAAACAAGCCGUUCAAGAUGAAGGCAUACAUGUACGACAACGUGCCAGGUGACCAGCGUCUGCCUCACGACUCUGGCCGCCAGGUGACGGCCGAUGAUCUGGCCAGCCUGGGCGUGCACUACCAUCGCUUCCCCGAGACCAGCGAGGUGGAUGCCCUGGCUGUCGAGCGCGGCUACAAGAACCGCGACGAGAUUGUCGUGUCGCCUGAGAAGAUGGGCGACGUGUACGAGGACAAGGUCAAGAUGUUCUUCAACGAGCACCUGCACGAGGACGAGGAGAUUCGCUACAUCCGCGGUGGCCAGGGCUACUUUGACGUCCGCAACAAGGGCGACGAGUGGGUGCGCAUCCAGCUGGAGAAGGACGACCUCAUCAUCCUGCCCGCGGGCAUCUUCCACCGGUUCACCACUGAUGAGUCCAACUAUGUGCAUGCCAUGAGACUCUUCAAGGAUGAGCCAAAGUGGACGCCCUUGAACCGUGCUCCAGAGCUGGACGGCAACGAAUUUCGUAAGGGCUAUGUCAGCCAGUUUCUCAACUAGAGGCGGCUCGGUGUAGCCGAUAGAGAAGCAAAGUAAAAAAAAAAUUAUAGUACUGGAUAGCUAGUAUUUUAGAUGCUGAAUAAAAUGCGAAAAACUAUUACCAAGCCAUUACUUCGC